AUGGCUUCCUUCACCAGCAAAUACGCCGAUGAGCUGAUCGCGAACGCUGCCUACAUCGGCACACCGGGAAAAGGUAUCCUCGCCGCAGACGAAUCAACCGGAACCAUCGGAAAACGUCUCUCAAGCAUCAACGUCGAGAACGUCGAGUCCAACAGAAGAGCUCUCCGUGAGCUUCUCUUCACUACCCCAGGCGCUCUUCCUUGCCUCAGUGGUGUCAUCCUCUUCGAAGAAACUCUCUACCAGAAGAGCUCCAACGGCACGCCUUUUGUGGAUAUACUGAAGAAAGGAGGAGUCUUGCCUGGUAUCAAGGUCGAUAAAGGCACCGUUGAGCUCGCCGGAACCAACGGUGAGACGACGACACAGGGUCUUGACGGUCUCGGUGAGCGUUGCAAGAAGUACUACGAGGCUGGUGCACGUUUCGCCAAGUGGCGUGCGGUGCUCAAGAUCGGUGAGACCGAGCCGUCGGAGCUAGCUAUCCACGAGAACGCUUAUGGACUGGCGAGAUACGCUGUGAUUUGCCAAGAGAACGGUCUUGUGCCGAUUGUGGAGCCUGAGAUCCUUGUUGACGGUUCUCAUGACAUCCACAAGUGUGCGGCUGUGACAGAGCGUGUCCUCGCAGCUUGCUACAAAGCCUUGAGCGAUCACCACGUGUUGCUUGAAGGAACGUUGUUGAAACCGAACAUGGUGACUCCAGGAUCGGAGAGCGCCAAGGUUGCACCGGAGGUGAUUGCAGAGCUUACGGUCCGUGCGCUUCAGAGGACAGUGCCGGCGGCUGUUCCGGCCGUUGUGUUCUUGUCUGGUGGACAGAGCGAGGAGGAAGCGACGAGGAAUUUGAACGCGAUGAAUCAGCUGAAGACGAAGAAGCCUUGGUCGCUGUCGUUUUCGUUUGGGAGGGCGUUGCAGCAGAGCACGUUGAAGACUUGGGGAGGGAAAGAGGAGAAUUUGAAGAAGGCGCAGGAGGCGUUCUUGGUUAGGUGCAAGGCUAACUCUGAGGCUACGCUUGGUGUCUACAAAGGUGAUGCUCAGCUUGGUGAAGGUGCUGCGGAGAGUCUUCAUGUUAAGGAUUACAAGUACUGA